ACCGCAGCUUUACAGCGGAGGUCAUAUUUGCGGUACCAAAACAAUAUCGUGUCUUGUAAAAGUGAAGCUCAAGCUCGCUAGCUGAUACUGAAAUAAGAGCGUUUUUAUCUUCGAGGACUUUGUCAUGACUUCGACAUGAUUUUAUGCUGCAGCUCUAAGUUGUUCCUGUGUUUUUUAUUUACAGGAUGUCUCUAAAUAACGCUUCACCAUGUUUGCAGAGGUUGUUUAUCUUCCAUUUGUCACGCAUAAGGAAGAAACCCUUCUACAUCAGUACCAUAUUCCCCCAAAGCAAACGUCUACAUUGUACUCCUCAUCACUUCCAGUGCAACAGCCUGGAUCCACACACUUCCCAGUCCCCAGCUGCUUUAACACAGAGUGGUAGAGACACUACAGAUUCGGGUCCUCUGGGUCCACCUGGUCCUCCACCUCCUCCAACGUGCUGCUGCAUGAGUGGCUGCCAUAACUGUGUGUGGAUUGAGUAUGCUGCAGAGCUGCUCAAGUACUACAGCGAUGGUGGAGAGAAAGCACUGGCUGCCAUGGAAGACAAUGUUCAUGACGAGAACCUCAAGACUUACCUCAAAAUGGAGAUCAGGCUACUGAAGAGACCAUGAUUUUUGUAUUAUUUAUCCCUUGCAUGACUGAGUUUUUCUUUUUUUUCUGACAUGGUGUGAAAAGUGGUAUGAAAUAGGAAUGACACCUCUUAAGCUAGUUUUGCUGAUAAUAUCAUGGGUUUUUGGAGGUCAGUUUGUAAGAGCAUGAAUAUGCAAUACCAAAAGUGUUAUAAUAUUCUUCAGUUCCAUCUCCAGAGUAGAUCCAUACCUGAUACAUCAUAUACAAGCAUGUUCACUGAAUAUGUCAUAUUCACUACAUAGUCAACCAUGUAUUGCACAAAUGCCCAUGUUGUACAUAAAAUGACUUUUUGGAAAUGAAAAAUUUUAGUUUACAUUUGCAUUAAUUCAUUUAGCAAACACUUUCAUCCAAAGUGACAAUUGUGAUGAGCACGUGAAGGUUAGGGGACUUGCAUAAGGCCAAGUACUAGUUUUCUGGUAGUCCUAUCUUACAACUCCUAGCUAAGAACUCCAAAUACUGAGCCUCCACUGCCCUUGUAAUACAAGUAUUAAAAGCCCUUUUUUAUGCAUCUGCUUGUAAAUAAUGGAGUAAGUAGAUACUCUGUGUGUCUUUGGCAAAUGGGACCAUUCACAACCCUGAUAAGUCCUUAUAUUGUGCUUGGUCAUUAACUGUUUGGGAAUGAACCAAGUAAAAAUGUUUAAGGUGUCACACAGUGCCACUGUUUGCAUCUGCAUCUGAGCAUUAAGGCUCUAAAUAAUCUUUUUUUUUUUUUUUUUUUAUAAAUUAAAUAUGAACCAUACAACUAUAACCUCCUGAAACGCUGAAAAACACUGGAAAAAAAAAAACAGGUAGAAAGGCGUGGUUUGUGAAUUAUGGCUCUGAGAGUUCCUCAAUCUCAGCUAAAUCACUCAAGAGAUGUGGCUGCACUGUUUAUUAAUCAUGCUUACACACAUGCUCUUGUACAUGUUUGUGAUAUGAUGGAUUAACUGGUUCUCCUCCACCAUUACCUUGACCAGGCAGUUACAGGAUUCCAGUCUCAAUGCACACCUCUAGUCUAGUCCCAACCAGAUUCCCUGUGUGGCUAAGCUAAAUUCAGCUAUUCAUAUUUACUUGGAUCUGUUUAGAACACAUUAUCUGUUCAUUCCAGGUAAUGUAUUCAUAUCCAGUUACAUCUGUGAAACACAUAACUGACUGCUGUAUGAUCUAUACUCAAUUCUAAACUUAUGCAUAAGCUGGGAACUUCCAACAACUUUACACCCUUUUACAGAGGUUCAAGUAACACACUUGUUUUUAACAAUGACAGUGCUGUAUUUGAAAAGUUGCAGAUUAAAUACUUAUUAUUAAGUACCUAAGUACAGAUUAAAUAUUUAUUUAUUGUGAAUGAUGAUGUACAUGUACGUUAUUGAAAUGACAAAAAAUAUAUGUGAAGGAUAAGUGAAGUAUGGUACUUUGUUUACCACUGGCUUUUUUCAGCGAUCAAGUGUAGUUCACUGCUCACUGACCUCUAACUUUAGUCUUCAUGUGGAUGAUUUAAGAUGUUUUGAGAACUUAAACAUGUGCUGUGUCUUAUUAAAUCACUCACUAUGAUCUGAUACCUGA